AUGGUGCCAAGCCAGUUGUGGGGAAGACUGGAGAAGCCGUUUCUCUGCCUGUGCUGCGUCUUCUUCCUCCUGGGGCUGGCUUUGCUGGACAUACGGCCGGACAUCACCCCUGCUGCUUAUUUCUUUCUCAGCUUGGCUGGCUUCUUCUUGUUUGCCUGCCUCCUGGCCUGUUUUCUGAACUGGGUGUUCCGAUCACUGCCAUCGCUACAGACCGAGAGCCCAGAGGCCUCAGGCAAUGCACGGGACAAUGAAGCCUUUGAGGUGCCAACCUAUGAAGAGGCCAUGGUGGUGUUGGAAUCACAGUGCCAUCCCCAACAGGUGGAUCAACCACCCCCCUACAGCACUGUUGUAGUCCCCCCAGGACUUGAGGAGGAACAACCUAGCCAUCCAGAGGAGCCGAGGAGAGCCGGACUGGAAAGGCGAGUGGGCUCAGAGGGGUCAGUGACCCAGGGAGGAAGCCCUGGAAGAACUCCAAUCAGCCUUCGGCUUCGGGGACCACGGGUUGUGUACACUGCUCCUGAUCUGCGGAGCUUGGGGGCAGUCCCCAAAUCGGAGCCUCUUACUCCACCCCCUGGCUAUGAUGUCAGCAUUGGUCAACCUGAGGAUGAUAAUGUUUUCUAUGAAGACAACUGGACACCCUGCUAA